AUGUCCUCAGCUAGAGUUUGGCUCGUUACUGGAUCCUCUUCGGGCUUUGGCCGAGAGGUAGUCAAGUUGGCCCUCAAGAAUGGCGAUAAAGUCGUCGCUACACUGCACAAGCCUUCAGAGUUGGAUGACUUACAGGCGAUGUAUCCCCCGAGCCAGCUUUUGGUAGUACAACUCGACGUCACCAAGAAAGCCUUUGGCAAGGUCGACAUCGUGUUCAAUAACGCCGGUCUGUCGGCUGUCGCCGAGACCGAAGGUACCCCGGACGACGUUGCACGGAUCAUGUUUGAGGUCAACUUCUGGGGCGCGGCCAACGUGGGUAGGGAGGCGGUACGCUUUUUCCGUGAGGAAAACGCGCCCGGCGCCGGCGGUCGGUUGUUGACCCUCGGCUCCUCUCUCGGCUUUCAGCCCUUCCCCGUCAUGUCAUACUACAGUGCUUCCAAGCAUGCAAUUGACGGUCUGGUGGCCUCGCUUGCCGCUGAACUCGAUCCGAAGUGGAACAUCAAGAUUACCUUGAUUUGCCCUGUAUUUUUCCGCACGUCCCUCAUGGACAAAGGCGUCUCGAUCGCGGCCCACCCAGCCUACGUUGAGGCCACGGGCGGAUAUCGCAAGUAUGUGGACGCGGCGUUCCACUCGAGCCUCUCCACGAAAAUCGGGGACCCGAAGAAGGCCGCGCAGAAGAUCUUCGAGCUGUCGAAGCCAACGGCCGAGCCUCCCCUGAGACUGUUCCUCGGAAAGGGUGCGCGUGGCCUCGUAGACGCGAAGAUUGCGACGAUGACUAAGGAUGCGGACGUCUAUGCGUCCUGGUCGGAUGACUUGCUAGAGGCUUAAGAAUUGGUAAAGGAGCAGUCUCUCUGUG